CCGCGCAGCUAGGAGGGGGCGUGUGUGCGCUCCGCGGAGCGGUCGCUCUCGCUGCGGCAGCCGUCCGAGGCAGUGCGCCGGGGCCCCAAACUCCGAGCAAGUUCCCGGGCUCCGGGGACGCGCGCGCGCGCGCCCGGGCUGCGGAGCCGGUGGUGGGCCCCCUUCGGUCCUGCCCGGAUGCGACUGGGCGGACGCGUGGCGGAAUUCCGGGGUCCCGGCCCGGACUCCGAGGCGGGGGUGGCGGCGGCCGGCUCCGGGCCCCACCCGGGCGCGUCCACGCCGCCGGCCCGGUCCGCGCGCCUGGUCUCGGCGCCCCGGCCCUUCGCGCUGUGCAGGGGGAUCCCGGGCCUGCCCCCGAACCGGGACGGCUGCACGAUCGUGCCGGCCGCCCAGGCCGUCCCUGGGCAGGUGGCCAUGGCCCCGCAGCGCGUGAGGAUAUCCGAGAAGUACUGCCAGCGCUACCUCUGCCUCCUGCAUGCGGGCUUCGUGGCAGAAACCCAGCUGCUGCUCCAUAUGAAGAACAUCAGUUAUUUCUUAAUGCAAGAUAUCGCCUUCUUGUCCGGUGGCCGGGGAAAGGAUAAUGCUUGGAUCAUUACUUUUCCAGAAAAUUGUAAUUUCAGAUGUAUACCGCAAGAAGUGAUAGCGAAAGUGCUGACUUACUUGACAUCUAUUGCAAGGCGAAAUGGAUCUGACUCCCGGUUUACCAUUAUUCUUGAUCGAAGAUUGGAUACAUGGUCUUCUCUCAAAAUUUCUCUUCAGAAAAUCUCAGUUUCUUUUCCUGGGAACUUGCACUUGGUGUUGGUUCUACGUCCCAGCAGUUUUCUUCAAAGGACUUUCACAGACAUUGGAUUUCGAUUUAGUCAGGAGGAUUUCAUGCUGAAGUUACCAGUGGUUAUGCUGAGCUCAGUUAGUGAUUUGCUGGCAUACAUUGAUGACAAGCAGUUAACCCCUGAGUUAGGCGGCACCUUGCAGUACUCCAACAGUGAAUGGAUCAUCUUCAGAAAUGCUAUAGAAAAUUUUGCUCUCACAGUGAAGGAAAUGGCUCAGAUGUUACAGUCCUUCGGAACUGAACUGGCGGAGACAGAACUGCCAGAUGAUAUUCCUUCAAUAGAAGAAACCCUUGCGCUUCGUGCCAAGAGGUAUCACAUGUUAAAGAAUGAUAUUACAGCUGUAACCAAAGAAGGAAGAAUCCUCCUCACAAGUCUGGAAGUGCCUAGCAUUGAAGAUGUCGUCAGUUCAAGACUUGAACGUCGGCCACGAAUCAGUGGUGACUGGCAAACCGUUAAUAAAUUGCUGACUCAAGUACAUGAUAUGGAAAUAGCUUUUGAUGGAUUUUGGGAAAAACACCAACUAAAAAUGGAGCAGUAUCUGCAACUAUGGAAGUUUGAGCAGGAUUUUCAAGAGCUCGUGAGUGAAGUCGAACUUCUGUUAAACCAACAAGCAGAGCUGGCAGACGUCACCGGGAACCUAGGUCAAGUAAAACAAAAAAUUAAAAAGUUGGAAAACUUAGAUGAAAAUUCUCAGGAUCUGUUAGCAAAGGCCCGCUUUGUGAUAUUACACGGACACAGACUUGCUUCAAAUCACCAUUAUGCACUUGAUUUGAUCUGCCAGAGGUGCAAUGAACUCCGUUACCUUUCUGAUAUUUUGGUUAAUGAGAUUAAAGCCAAACGGAUACAGCUCAGCAGGAUCUUCAAAAUGCAUAAACUCCUGCAGCAGGCUCGUCAGUGCUGUGAUGAAGGAGAAUGCCUUCUAGCUAACCAAGAAGUAGAGAAGUUUCAGUCUAAAGAAGAUGCUCAGAAAGCCCUCCAAGACAUUGAAAAUUUUCUUGAAAUGGCUCUGCCCUUUAUCAAUUACGAUCCUGAUACCCUACAGUAUGAAUUUGAUGUAAUUUUAUCACCCGAGCUUAAGGUGCAAAUGCAGACAGUGCAACUCAAGCUUGAAAACAUUCGGAGUAUAUUUGAGAACCAACAAGCUGGGUUCAGGAACCUGACGGACAAGCGUGUGAAGCCAAUCCAGUUUGUGGUACCUGCUUCUGACAGUUUGAUCAGAUCCGGAGUACCCUUUUUGUCACUGAAACAUGUGGGAGUUGGAUACUCUUUCUUUCAAGCAUGUAAACUUUUUUCAAAAGGGAAGAAGAGUUGGAGACAAAAUCAGAGCAACUUAAAAAUCGAAGUGGUGCAUGAUUGUCGGGAGCAGAGAAAUUCUGGUCAAUCCUCCAGUCUGGACAAUAGCUUGGAUAUUUUACAGAACCACGUCCUAAAUGAGCUGAUACAGACAGAGAGGGUCUAUGUUCAUGAGCUGUUUACUGUUUUGUUGGGCUACAGAGCGGAGAUGGAUAAUCCUGAGAUGUUUGAUCUUAUGCCACCUCUCCUGAGAAAUAAAAAGGAUGUCCUCUUUGGAAAUAUGGCAGAAAUCUAUGAAUUCCAUAACGACAUUUUCUUGAGCAGUCUGGAAAAUUGCGUUGACGCUCCAGAGAGAGUGGGACCUUGUUUCCUCGAAAGGAAAGAUGAUUUUCAGAUGUAUGCAAAAUACUGUCAGAAUAAACCCAGAUCAGAGGCAAUUUGGAAGAAGUAUUCAGAAUGCGCCUUUUUCCAGGAAUGUCAAAGAAAAUUAAAACACAGGCUUGGUCUGGAUUCCUAUUUACUCAAACCCGUGCAACGAAUCACUAAGUAUCAGUUACUGUUAAAGGAGCUGCUGAAAUACAGCAACGGCUGCCAAGGGAUUGAACAAUUAAAGGAGGCUCUGGACACGAUGCUGGAUUUACUGAAGUCAGUUAAUGACUCCAUGCAUCAGAUCGCAAUAAAUGGCUAUAUUGGAAACUUAAAUGAACUGGGCAAGAUGGUAAUGCAGGGAGCAUUCAGUGUUUGGACUGGACACAAGAAAGGUGCUACAAAAAUGAAGGAUUUUGCGAGAUUCAAACCAAUGCAGCGGCAUCUGUUCUUGUAUGAAAAAGCCAUUGUCUUUUGUAAGAGGCGCGUUGAAAGCGGAGAAGGGUCUGAUAGAUACCCAUCGUACAGCUUUAAGCACUGUUUGAAAAUGGAUGAAGUUGGCAUCACUGAAUAUGUAAAAGGAGAUAACCGCAAGUUUGAAAUCUGGUAUGCUGGCAAGGAAGAAGUUUAUAUUGUCCAGGCUCCGAAUGUCGAUGUGAAAAUGACAUGGUUAAAAGAGAUAAGAAGUAUUUUGUUCAAGCAGCAGGAACUUAUGACAGCUAAAAAACGAAAGCAACACAAUCAGUUAACACAACAGGAUCAGCUUCCUACUCAGCAGAUUGAUGCAAGGCAACACGGAUCCUUUAUGGGUGCCAAGGAGACUGAAUCAGAACACAGAAGCGCUGUGGUGGACGUCCGGGAGACCGUCCCACUGGUUCAGGCCGAAGCGAACACAGUUUGGACCCAGAUGUCAUCACCUGCAGAAAUUUCUGAAGACCCUGGGGAGCGGUCAAGCAACUAUUUCUGUUCUUCUUAUGAUGACAAUGGAGAAGAAGAAAGGCCCCUAAUGUCUCCAGGCAAUUACAAAGCCCUAGCAGAUGGCAGGAAGAGAGGCCCAGAAGACCUCCUGAUCAGAAAUGGAGAUGUCUUUCAGUUUCUCCAUGAAGAUGUCGAAGGUCAAUGGUUGGUGAAAAAUCUAAACAGAAGAAAAGAAGGUCUGAUUCCCGGGAAUACUUCGCAGAUUUUAAUUGGUGACUAUAGGUUUCGGAAUGCCAAAGUUACAGCUGCUGCUCUGAGUAACACAAGGAAACUAAGUUCCCCUUGAAUGAAAGGAGAAUGAAUAGACUUUUCGAAAUAAGGUUUCCUUUGGAGGUGUGAACUAGAUUAUAUUUCUUAAAAGCGUUACAGAUACAUAGCACAAGAGUCAGGAUGAUCUGUGCUGCCCAUGACAUUCACAGAAUUUCCUCAGGACUGAGAAGGACUUCGUCAUUCGCAGUUUGUCUCAUUCUUGCAAGAACCAUCCUCACACCUUCCGCCCCCCCCCCCCCCCCUCAGGUGACAAGUGCAGGUUACUUCGCUUCCAAGUAGGGUUUUCCACGACACGCAUUCGGACUCCAUCUAAAACCCAGAGAUCAGUCACUCGGAACAUUUCCAGGCAAAACGCUUUCCCUGUAAUGUUCGGGGUAACUUUUCAGUAACAAAACAAAACGGAAUUCCAAAGAGAGAAGAGAGAUAACCAGAGAGUUUAAGCGCCUUUGUGGGCUGAUGGUUUUAUUUCAUUAUUUACUUCUGUUACCUGUGGGACUCUAACGUACCAAAGGGAUGUGUUCUGAAGGACCUCUUUUGCACUUUGACUGGUAUUAGGGUUGACAGAGCUGUCUUACGGCUCUGGAAAGAUCCAAAGCCAAAAAUCCUGUAGUUAGGAUGUGUUGAAGUUUACAUUUUACACGUUGAAACUUGGAUACACGUGUCACAGCUUUAAGUGAAAGACUCCUAUUUGCACAAGAGGUGUUCCUGUUACAAAGCUCUACGUUUCCAGUGUCUUCACUUGCUUUUGCGUUUUGUAGAAAAAGCAGUUCUGGUAAAGGUGUUCUUAAGUUAUAUUGUGUCUCUUCCUAGGGUUUGUUUUGUUUUGUUUUGUUUUGUUUUGGUGAUCUGUGUAGAGAUGUCUUUCUUCUAAAUAUGUAAAAAGUGUGACCACUUGCUUUAAAGCCCAGGGCCAGCUUUUGCAUGCGGUGUUGAAUUUAUGCUUGGAGUAUUUUCUUUUACGGACCACUGAAGACAAUGGUUUGAAAUUGCUGCCUUUUGAAUCACGGGUUGUGAGUUUUCCUGUCAAGUUGGCACAUUAGGCGCAUGGUUUUUGAUUAUUGGUUUUACGAUAAACACCACAAUAACUAUAUUAGACAUAAAUGUAUCUUUUAAGUAGGUUUAUGUGUCAUGUUAAGAUCAUAGUUAAUGCCAGUGGUAUCAUUUGAUGUAAUAGUUUGUAUGACAAACCGAUUGUAUUUUAUUCAAAGGUACCUGCAAAUUAUAAGUCUUCGAAUGUCCAAUUUGCCGAAUUUAUGAUGAUUGAUUUAUAACUCGCUCAUGAAAAUGUCCAUAAAUGUGAUGUUUCGCUUAAUGCUUCUACGACAAUAACAACAACAAAAUGAGACUAAAGUACGUUUCUCUUGAGUGCUGACCCUGUGGUUAGAAGACACAGCUAGGAGAUAAAAUUUUUGAUUGAUGAUGCCCCUCUGCACAAAACGUCUUCAUUUUUAUGGUAUUAAACUAGCGAUUUUAAUCCUUUAAGACGAUACUGAGUUCUGUAGUUUCAAACAUACAGUUAUAGUCUUUUAAUGUCUUAAUCACUGUACAACGAAUGCUACAUUUGUAUAUGUAUUUGUACAUGGAAAUGCACUGUAUUAAUUUUAUUGGGCUAUAAAUGUGUGUUACUAUAAAACAUAGCAGCAAUUUCCCUUUAAGUCUUCAAAAUUUAAUUACAUUGUAAAUGUACUUACAAUGUAAAUGUACUUGUGUUAAUUCCACAUUAAAAAUAUUCAACCUUAAA